CGACGGCCCCGGCGCCGCCUCCCCUCGGCGGGCAGGGCCGGCCCCGGCAGCGCCGCCCCGUUCUCUCUCUCUCUCCCUCACACACAGAGACACGGACACGGGGAGACGCUUCCUGCGCCGGGCCGGCUUCCUCUGCCGCCGCCCCGCAGACCUGAGUUUCCGUUGUCACUUCUGUAUUAACUGAUGGAAGAUGUGUAGCUGAAUGAAUUGGUGCACGUAACACGGCUUCAAGAUACUGUGAGAAUGGUGUUGGAUCUAAAGUUGCUAGAUGCAUCUGAAUUGCACCUGGAGGUAGACUUCUACCAAGAAGAUGUGCGGCUCCUUGAAGGAUGAGGAAGGCAUGCUCCUGAAUGGCACAAAAUGCCUCCAGGCCACCAGUAUGGACCACAUCAUCUGCUGGGCAGAGAAAAACUUCAGGGCUUUCUCUUCAGUGAUGUCAGUCAUAUGGAAGAGGUUAUACUGUAAAAUUAGCAGUUGAUUAAAAAGGAGAAACAAUCUUUUUCUACUGUGGAUAAUUGAGAGAGACGAUGUGGCUAAGUAUGAGGAAGGAAAAAACACGCCUUAUUUGUGCUCCAAGCGGCAGUGGAUUUAUAAAUGUUGUUGAAGAUAGCCAUGGUGAUGAGAGACCAGACUGCUGUGCUACAUAUCCAGAGUACGGGCAGUCGAGUGCACGUCGUGAAGUUAUUGUGGCUUAAUGCUCAGCGCUUGGUAGCUGACAGGAGGCUGACAGUUCAUGUGAUCCCCCAGCUAGCUGCGAGAUAAGUCACGUCCUCCCCUGCCCAUAGUCAGCCUUGUGCGUUGUCAGCGUGAGAGUUUGGCAAGUCCCAGUAUCUGUCUGCCUCAACCCCCUAUCUGUGAAAUGAGAGCGAGGCUUCCUUUCUCUUCGUGCUUCAUUUUUAGAAUUUAAACUGCCCGGGGAAAGCCACAGUCACACAUACGUGAUGUUCGUAGUGGUCUUAGUAGGCCUUCCAGUUUGAUAGCAGGAAGGAGUAUCAUGAAGCCCGGAGCAAGGAAUCAUGAAGUAAGGAACAAGGAAUACAUCUUUCUAGGAGUGUAUGUCUUUGUGUCUACAGUAUUUAAGACUAUCAGUAUCUCCUAUGAUUAAGAUUAUUUAAUACUUCACAUCGUAAAGGCAGGCUUUCAGGUUUUUGAUUCAGUUUCAUUCAAAAUGUAAACUAUCUGAAACACUUAUAUCUAGGUUGAGCCACAAAACAUUAAAACAAACAAAAAACUCCACCCAACCAUUGUUUCUGAGAACACAGAGGGAAGGUUUCUUAAUGAUUAAGAAUAUAAUCCCUUGCAGCUGCUCUGAUGGAGCUAUGAUGUCUGUGUUCUGGAGCAGAGGUGGCUGGCUCUUUCUUAACAAGAAGCCUUGCUCCAUCUCUGUUCUGUGCCUCUGAGAGCUUGCAAAUGAUGGCAGCUUUCUGGAAAACUGUUUUGAGCAUUUGCUUUAAAGACUGGUUGGUGUGGCACCUAUUUCUGCGUAUUUCACAUCUAACCCCCUGCUAAGAACUGGCCAACGUGUGGGCCAGCGCGAUGUCGUGGGGGUUUGGUUCCUGGGGAGGGAGGGAUGGGAAGGCUAAACGAAGCUUAGCCCUGGGUAGCCCUCUAAACCACCACUCUGUGUCUGCUGUUGAUAGAGCACAGAUUUAUGUCAUGGUUCCUUGUGUUCUCCUCUCUGUGGCCCCUACUUCGAGCAGCGCCGCAGCAGGCGGCAGUCUGUCUGAGGGGAAGGCGUUCUUGCAGGUUUGUUUUCCUCUUUAGAAACCCAUCGGCCAACAUUAAUCAAACGUGAUGUGGGGAUAGAAGUCUCAAAGAGAAACUAAUUCUAGCUAAUGCUAGCUGUCUUCUCUCUUGGUGUCUGCACGUUGCUAAACUGCAUAAAAUUCAUAUAAGAGAACGUAUUUAUGCCCUAACCAGAGAAAAGAGAAUCGUUGAUGCUUAAAUCAUGAUAGAAAAUGGCUACGUAUUUUGGAGAGUGCUGCGGUGUAAGCUUAGGUUAGGAAAUGCUAGAGUGAAAAGUCUGUGGUAGCCUCAUUCGUAGAGUUGUGUACGUGGUGUUGGGCAAGGCCCUUAGGGACUUGUUGGGUGUUUCUUCUCCUUUCUGCCCUUCUCCAGAUGUUAAGGGAUUGAUUUAGAAGUAGCUACCCCUGUCAGUGCUUAACAGAAGCUUCGAACCUAUACAAUCCUAUAAAGACACAAAACAGCCUCACAACUUGGGCAGCCUGCAUUAUCUUACUUCAGGUGGCACUUUUGGCCUUAGUGUCUGUUUCCCAUUCUGUAAAUUAGGAGAAGUAAUUUUCCAUCGCAGAAUUACUAUGACAACUUCACAGGAGUUCUCCAAAGAUUGACCUGUUAAUGGUUUUGAAGCCAUUAGUCUGGUUUAAAAAAUAAAAGAUCUUAGGCUUGUAUGGUGUUCAUGAAUUCAGUGUUGUGUAAUGUUGUUGUAAACCAAAAAAUGUACAAUAAAUAAGGCAUGGGACCUCCUCUAGUAAGGAAUUGAGAAUAGCCACCCAUGGAACGAGGCCAGCUCCGUAAAGAUCAGCAUGGGUGUGAUCCUCCACACAGCUCAGAAGCCAGAUCCAGUCUUUAGGAUCCUUUUGCCUCGCUUGGUGCCCUUGUCCUCAGCAUCUGGGAAAUGGCUGAUGGAGCACUGAACCGCAUCCGAACAGUGGUGCUCUUCUUCCAUCCUCUCUUACUAGAGAUCAUCUCCCCGGUGCUGCGCUUGCACCUUGUCCUCCCAGCAAGCGGCCAGCAGCUGGGUAAUGGAUGCACCUGCAGGUGGUGGCAAGGGUCAGAUCCUCUUUACCAGCCGUCGUGUGAGCAGAGAUUGGGCCAGCAUUUGCAGCAUGCUACGGUGCAUCCACCGCACAGUCCAGCGGAUGGGCGGGGGAUGCUGGAUGUCCUCUUUUAUGGACGGCUUGCAUUCUGGCGUCCUUAAUUUCUGAGCACUGAGAUGUGCGGUGUUCAGCGUCUCCCUGACAGUUCUUCGUGUAGCUGCUCUGUGAGCUGCGGAGUAUUUGAUGGUGCUGCGUCAGAAGCAGGUGAAGUUGCUGAAUUUCACAGUCGGUGCAAAAAAAGUUAUUCCUUUCUUUGUACAAUGGAACCAGAUGUGCAACUGGAGUUUUUACAGGGAACUUUAAUUCUUCAAUAACAGUGAUUGGGACUUUUAUUCUCAGUAUUGGCACUGUUAGAGCACAUGAUUCAUUUUUGUCUCAUGCUAGCUUUAGCAAGGAAACCACAUGCAUAUUGCAGCCUACCAAGGCUGUAGAGAAGUACAUUUCCAAUUGCAGGCAGACCAGCCGUCGAGGAUACUUACUUAUUCCAUGGAAGCUGCGUCCUGUGUUACAAAGUAGACUUGGGAAAAAAUGAAUCUCUUGCACAGAUGUGUUUUGCCUUCGCUGUAGGCAGCAGUUCUGCACUGUAUGAAGAAUUGAGCUGACGAUAAUGCUCCAUUCUUGAAAUCUGAGUUAGUUUUUGUAGGUUGUUUAUGCUGGCUGCUUCCCCAUCCUCCACCACAACCCCACGCUGCAUUUGUUGAAUUUGUUUCAACAGCCCCCGGAAAGGGCUGAGUUGAGAUUAGAGCCUGGGUUUUAUACCUGUGCAGUAAUCCUUAGAGCUGAGGGGAAGGGCUCUUGUUGUGAUAGCUGCUGGAGUUUGCUAAGAGCUUCUGGCAUCGUGUCUGAGUGCAUUGCAUUGAUCCGGGCUUGCUGGGAGAUGGCAAACGCAAACACAGGUUUGUCCACUGAGCUGGAACUCUAGGUGAACUCCAGAUAACUGGGUAAUGUUUGAUAAAGUCGAUGGGUUAUCUGGAAGGAGACGUGGCCAUUUGUGAAUCCGAAACUCGAAGCUCUUCAGCUUUGGUUUUCAUUUGAAUGCCUGCAUCCUCUCUGGUUUGUCUGGUUUCUUUGUUAGACACUUGUUUUUCUCCCAGGGGCUGCUUUUUUUUUUUUUUUCCUUUUCCAAGAACCAAGUCAUGUUGGCAGGAGCUGUGGAAGCUGAAUGUCGUUCUCCUUGAGUGUUUGCUUGCAGAAUAAUUCAAAUGACACUUUCCUCCUCGAGGCAUCUGCUUUGUUUUUGAAGAUGGGAAAGAAGACAGAUGCCCUGCUGUCUGCCCUCCUUCCGUCUGGGUCAGGCUGCGUGGCUGAAGGGACGAGGUAGGCGGCUGGGGGGCUCGCGCCGCUUCCCUGCUGAGCCGCUGGGAGCAUGGGGACAUGGCAGGAAGCUUCGCUCUGCCAGCCUCUCUAGCUCUUGCUGCCACUGCUUUGUUCUCCUCCUGGCUCUGGCUGGUGCAGAGAAUUCACCUGAAGCCUGGAGCUGGCUGCGUGGGGAGCGUGCCUGAUAGAGCCGUAGUCUCCAGCUGCAAAACUGAAUCUGUCCUCCCCCUCUUCCUGCUGCUCUGCAGUCAGCUUCUGAGUCGGGAAUGCAGCCUCCGAGUUGGGUGAAGUCCCCGUUGUGCUCUGCAACUGCUUCCAAAGCAUCUGUCGGCAAGGAAAUCUGACGUCAGCAGUGCCAGGGCGAGGGCUGCCUUGCGCACGUUCGGUCCCCUCGUUCGUCGUGGGUGAUGCCUUGUUGGGAUCGAAGCAGAGUUAGCAGGGGAAAGAAGCCAUCACGAAUGCUGUCUGCAGCCUGGUACUCGCUGUGUGUCUUCUCUGGGUGGAAAAUGUACCCGACAAACUACGUCACAAGCAUGCAGAUGCUGCGUUGGGUUGGGCAACGGGAGGAGAAUCGGCCAGGGCUCCACACGGCGCUCGUAAGGCUUUUGUGGUUCCGUACGGCUCUGCUCAUAAUCAGCGUUAUAAGGGAAUUCCUGUGAAGAAUUUGCUGCAAGCAAAGAUGUGUGAAUUUUCUGCGUGAAGACUCUCAAACUGGAUUACAUAAUAAUAUGACUUAAGCAUGUAUCCUCUGGCUCUCUUAUUUUGAUCCUUAAAAAUGAGUAGGGUUGUAUGUGAAAUUUAACCCAUUUUUGAUGAGUGAUCUAGACAUGAGUUUACAUCGGCAAAUGGGCUCUGAUCGGGACCUCCAGUCUUCUGCUUCUUCUGUGAGUUUGCCUUCGGUUAAAAAGGCACCAAAGAAAAGAAGAAUUUCCUUGGGCUCUCUUUUUCGGAGAAAAAAGGACACAAAACGCAAGUCUAGGGAUUUAAAUGGAGGUGUUGAUGGAAUUGCGAGUAUUGAAAGCAUUCAUUCAGAAAUGUGUACAGACAAGAACUCUAUUUUCUCCACGUGUACCUCUUCUGAUAAUGGAACAACCUCUAGUGGCAAACCAAGCGGAGACUUCAUGGAAUGCCCCUUGUGCCUUUUGCGGCACUCCAAGGACAGGUUCCCAGAGAUAAUGACUUGUCACCAUAGAUCUUGUGUGGAUUGCUUGCGUCAGUAUCUCCGGAUAGAAAUCUCUGAGAGUAGAGUUAAUAUUAGCUGUCCAGAAUGCUCAGAACGAUUUAAUCCUCAUGAUAUCCGUUUGAUACUAAACGACGACAUCUUGAUGGAAAAAUAUGAAGAGUUCAUGCUUAGGCGAUGGCUAGUUGCGGAUCCUGAUUGUAGGUGGUGCCCAGCUCCAGAUUGCGGAUACGCUGUGAUCGCGUUUGGAUGCGCCAGCUGUCCCAAACUUACAUGUGGACGAGAAGGCUGCGGGACUGAGUUUUGCUAUCACUGUAAGCAGAUUUGGCACCCAAACCAGACCUGCGAUGCGGCUCGCCAGGAGAGAGCUCAAAGUCUGCGCCUGAGAACAAUUCGUUCUUCGUCUAUCAGUUACAGCCAGGAAUCUGGAGCAGCAGCUGAUGACAUAAAGCCAUGCCCACGCUGUGCUGCUUAUAUAAUAAAAAUGAAUGAUGGAAGCUGCAAUCAUAUGACUUGUGCUGUCUGUGGCUGUGAGUUCUGCUGGCUGUGUAUGAAAGAGAUCUCAGAUUUACACUAUUUAAGCCCAUCAGGUUGCACAUUUUGGGGAAAGAAACCAUGGAGCCGUAAGAAGAAAAUACUGUGGCAACUCGGGACGCUUGUUGGAGCUCCUGUAGGAAUUGCAUUAAUAGCUGGCAUUGCUAUUCCUGCUAUGAUUAUUGGAAUUCCUGUGUAUGUGGGACGGAAGAUUCACAAUCGAUACGAAGGCAAAGACAUUUCAAAGCACAAGCGAAAUUUGGCCAUAGCAGGUGGUGUAACCCUAUCUGUAAUUGUUUCUCCAGUUGUAGCUGCAGUAACUGUAGGUAUUGGUGUUCCUAUUAUGCUGGCGUACGUGUAUGGAGUCGUUCCAAUUUCCCUCUGCCGAAGUGGAGGUUGUGGCGUUUCAGCAGGCAACGGGAAAGGUGUCAGGAUAGAAUUUGACGAUGAAAAUGAUAUAAAUGUUGGUGGAACAAAUGCAGCUGUAGACACCACUUCAGUAGCAGAGGCACGCCACAACCCCAGCAUAGGUGAAGGGAGUGUCGGAGGACUGACCGGCAGCUUGAGUGCAAGUGGUAGCCACAUGGAUAGAAUAGGAGCCAUCCGAGACAACCUCAGUGAAACUGCUAGCACCAUGGCCCUGGCUGGAGCCAGUAUAACAGGGAGCCUCUCAGGAAGUGCAAUGGUUAACUGCUUUAACAGACUGGAAGUACAAGCAGAUGUGCAGAAAGAACGAUACAGUCUGAGCGGAGAAUCUGGCACGGUGAGCUUGGGAACAGUUAGUGAUAACGCCAGUACCAAAGCGAUGGCAGGAUCCAUUCUGAACUCCUAUAUCCCUUUGGACAGGGAAGGCAACAGUAUGGAAGUACAAGUGGAUAUUGAAUCAAAGCCAGCCAAAUUCAGACACAACAGUGGAAGCAGCAGUGUUGACGAUGGCAGUGCUGCAGGUCGUAGUAAUGCUGGCUGUUCCACGGCCUGCGUGCCAGAAAGUAAAUCUAGUGCCACCAAGUGGUCCAAAGAAACAACAGCAGGAAAAAAAUGUAAAGGUAAGCUGCGAAAGAAGAGUAGCAUGAAGAUAAACGAGACAAGAGAGGACAUGGACGCUCAGCUGUUGGAACAACAAAGCACAAACUCCAGUGAAUUUGACUCUCCCUCUCUUAGCGAUAGUAUUCCAUCUGUAGCAGAUUCUCACUCGAGUCAUUUUUCUGAGUUCAGUUGCUCAGAUAUGGAAAGUAUGAAAACUUCCUGUAGCCACGGUUCCAGCGACUAUCACACUCGCUUUACCACGGUCAGUGUUCUCCCAGAGGUGGAAAACGACCGCUUGGAAAACUCUCCCCAGGCAAGUGGAAUCCCCGCGCCUGUUCCAGCAGCCCCAAGCACUGAUGUUCCACAGCUGAGUUACAUCGCUGAGGAAAGCGUUAAUAAUGCAUCUGCGACAGAUGGAGAGUUAGUUGUUGGUGAAACGCUGAAAGAAACAAACAACAACCAUUCACAACAUGCUGCGGAAUUAAGCACUGCUAUCCAGACUGAAAUUUAAGCCAAAAAGUGCUGCAAAAACGUAUUUACCACUAACAAACCCUGCCUGAAAGCUGGUUGAAUUACAUGUGAUGACUUGCGUAAGUUUCAGGUGACCAGCAGAAGCAAGGUUUUGAUACAACUGUAUUUUAUAUAUACCUGUCUAAUAAAGAAGAGUACUUCAUAUGGAUCCUAGACCUGUGUGAAGGGGCACGAAGGCUUUAACAAGUGCAUUACAGCAGUACAAAUACAUCCAUGUUUUUUUAUUUUUUUGCCACGACUUUGCUUGAAAGCAUAUGCUUGGUGUACUUAGAUAAAAAAUAAAUAAAAAAAUUGGGUAAUCGUUAAUAUGUUAAAUGCUAAAAUGAAUACUGUGUCCUGCACUGUUCACUUGAAAAAUAGGGGGUUUGGGAUAAAUGGGUGUUAGCUGAGCAUUAGUGACUUAAAACCAUUCUAGUGUGAACUCUAAGGGAAGCAAAAGUUUUGCAGAGACCUGUCCAAACAUCUUCCAGCAGUGAAUAUUCAUAAGGAUCGUUUUGUUUCAUAACUGGACACACUAUUUAGAAUGCAUGUAGAAUGAAUUGCGUGUCUUCGGGUGGAUGUAGCCUGUGUCAGAAGCGUUUGCGUGUACACUUUGAGCAAGGUUACGGCAUUUUACAUAGUUUUGAAACAGAAGAAAUUGGUACUUAAUGCGUGGUGGAAUGGAGACAUCACCAGUGAAGAGCAGUGGGGUCACUUAUUUAUUCAUGCAACCAACCAUGCAGCAGAUAAGGCUACUAUAUAUCGUGUAAAACCUGUAGAAUAACAAUCCAUUGAUUUAUAAGCAUUGUAGAAAAGCAGAUGCAGUCACCUUUCAUGAGGGGGGGAAAAUGGUGCCCCAUCCAUUCUUGGUGCCUUCGGAAAAGACUAGGUUUGAAGUGCCUGGUCGUUUGAGGAUUUUACUGUAAUGUUUUCCAGAACGUCCUCUUUGGCCACCUUCAAUCACAAAAUAAAAUUCUAGUGAAUAAAAUGACUGUGGUAGAUAAAUGUAUAAUAAUAAUGAAGUAUUAGCCUACCAAAGACUCACUCAGGCUUUCGUGAAUGACGUUCACGUGACAUCUCGUUGCAAGACGUGCAUACCUGCAGUCCCAGAAUCAGAGUGCAGUGCAAUGACUGCCCACGUGCAAAGAUGGGUUCCAAAUAUGCUGGCUUUUUUUUGUUUCUUUUGCAUACGGAAGAUGUACAGCUGAACACAAGCUGAAGUUGGCCAAAGCGCCUGCACUGUUAAUGUUUUUUUUUUUUUUGCUAUGUAAAUCACUAAAAAUGGGAAAAGAAAUUGUGAAUAUCAGAAUAACAGUUAACAAUGUUCUGUCUUGUGUUUCAUGUAUUGCCAUUAUGGUGCUACUGGAAGUUUGGUUGGAUAAAAAGAAAAUGCCAUGUGCUGCAGUCCUCUUCCAUGACUUACCCUCACCGGUUUCAUUAAUAUGCUUAUAACACUAGUGCCAGUUAUGUUAUUUGAUAAUGCUUGUUACAGUAUUUGUAUAUUUGCAAUUCAGUUUUGCUCAAUAAUAUGCGUGUAAACUGCAUAUCUGAAAUAAAUGUCUAAAUGCUGA